CGACAGCAACAGUUGCCACAGAACAUGCUGACCGUGGAGGCGGAUAUGAAGGGAGGCGGCAUACUUCAUGCCACAAUGCCGCCGCUGCACGCGAGUGCCGCGUUGCAUGGACACGCCCAUGUGGCUGCCUCAUCCUACUCGGCGCUGGCGCCGCUCAUGAACUUCGGUCAGUCGCCGUUGACGCACUCGCAGCUGAGUCAGCAUAAUCAUCAUCACCAUCAUCAUCACAUGAGCGCACACAUUGCGGCAAGUCAGAGUCCAAAUCCGCUGAGUUCGCUGCAAUCGAGCAUUGCCAACACGCUGAACGGAGGAGGUGUUGCUCCGGGGCAGCAACAGCAGCAGCAACAGCAACAGAGCUCGCCGUUGCACAGUUCAAGUGAAUUGAGUCCAACGCAGAGCAGCAUUGGCAGCCAUCACAUGACAUCGCCCGUCAGCCAUCAUCAGCAACAGCAACAACAGCAGCAGCAGCAGCAACAGUCGCAUCAGCAACAUCCCACAUUGAUGGGCGCGGGCAGUGCUCUCAGCAGCAUGACCAACAGCAACAGCAGCAACAACAACAACAACAACAAUUCGACAGCUAACAAAAAUCAACAACAUGCGGAUCGAGUUAAAAGACCGAUGAAUGCAUUUAUGGUCUGGUCCCGUGGCCAGAGACGUAAGAUGGCCUCCGACAAUCCAAAGAUGCACAACUCGGAAAUCUCAAAGCGACUGGGAGCACAAUGGAAGGAUCUGUCCGAGGCGGAAAAGCGACCGUUUAUCGAUGAGGCCAAACGGCUGAGGGCCGUACACAUGAAGGAGCAUCCCGAUUACAAGUAUCGGCCGCGUCGCAAGACCAAAACAUUGACCAAGACCAAGGAGAAGUAUCCCAUGGGUGGCCUGAUGCCGGGCCAGCAGCCCGGUGGCGGUGAACCCGGCACACCCACCAGAGUCUCCCAGGGAAUGGGUCAGAGUCAGGCGCUUAACGGCUCGGGAGGCGCCUCAGCGGCAGCGGCAGCAGCUGCAGCAGCGGCGGCGGCAGCACAACAGGUGCGUCCGAACAUCCAUCAGAUGAGUGUGCCCAAUGGAUAUAUGCCCAAUGGUUACAUGCAUCCCGAUCCCGCCGGCUAUCAGACGCACUACAUGAACUACGCGCCCAGAUAUGGCGAGAUGGGGCACAUGUACAAUGGAUAUGGCAUGUAUGACACCGUUGCCGGCGGCCAGACGUCGCCCUAUGGCAGCAGCCUCCAGCAGCCGGGCUCCCCCUCCCCCUAUGGGGUGGGGCAACAGCCGGGAGCGGUAACGGGCACCGGUUCUCCAGCGCCCUAUGGCGCUCAAGUUUCCUGCCAGAGCCACAGUCCCAGCGAUUCCAGCAUCAAAUCGGAACCCGUCUCUCCCAGUCCCAGCGCAAUAGCCCUCAACAACAAUAACAACAACAACAACAAUCACAUUAUGAAGCGGGAAUAUCUGUCGGCAACGGCAGCGGCAGCAGCUGGCGCUGGCACAGAUCUGAAUCAUCUGAUGAACAUGUAUCAUCUGCAUGACGGGCUCGCCUCGGCGCCGGAGCAACAGCGUCAUUUGAUGCACUAUCAGACGGGAUCGCCGGAGCUGCAGCAGCAGCAGCAACAGCAACAGCAGCAGCAGCAACCGUUGCAGCAUGUCAUGCACCAGCAGCACCAGCAGCAUCAACAGCACCAGCAGCAACAGCAGCAGCAACAUCAACUGCAUCAGCAAUCGCUGCGGGCAAUGGCGCCCCUGGCACAUAUGUGAGAA